AUGGAAUAUUUUCAGACUAUGAUUUCACAUAAAGCAAAUAAGUUUUCCAUAGACGAUUUAGAAGAUUUGAAUGGAUUGGAAUCAGAGUACAUGGAGACAAAAAGUUAUGAUCUGAAUAGCGAUUUAGAAGUUGUGCCAUUAACAAAUCUUAACUUUGAUGCGAUAGAAAGAGCUUUGGAGGGCAAAUCAUUCAUCAUCAUAAAGAGUAUUGAUGAAGAUAUCUAA